GGAUACCAUUUUAGGCCCCAAGAUGGCGUAUUUGGGUGUCCAUCAAAGGAGUCUGUUUUGGUUGGCGACAGUUUUGGCGUUUAGCAGGAGCUGUGAUGGACAAGAGAACACGACGUUGCCACUGCCGACAGUUCCGAGCAGAUGUAAGCCGAUCGAGUUUGAGUGUGCCAACGGGCUGUGCAUCCCGGGCAGCCGGUACUGUGACAGCUGGAACGACUGUCUGGAUGGCUCGGAUGAAAGAAAUUGCCCACGACCACCCACCACACAGUGCUCACGGCUGCAGUUCCCCUGCAAUGACGGACAUUGUAUCAUCCUGCGCUUCCGCUGUAAUGGCUUUGAAGACUGCCCAGAUGGGAGCGAUGAGAUCAAUUGUCCACUCUACCCUAUGGUAUGUCUGAAUCCGUUGUUCCGCUGUGAAAAUGGAAGGUGCAUCGACAAAAGCUUUGUGUGUGAUGGGAAGGACAACUGUAAGGACAUGAGCGAUGAGAUACACUGUGAUGACGUCCCUUCAGGCUCCCCCCAGAACAGUGGCCCCAGUAGUACGUCCCACCUCCUGUACCAUGAUGCUCGGUACCAGGCUGCCACCUACACCAUCAUCGGCUGUACUGUGGCGUUUGUGGCGGUGGUGGUGUGCUUCGUCAUCACGGUCCACCGGAUCAAGCGGAGACAGGAGGCUCUGCGCACGCCGCCCCGCCAGCGACAGGACAUCGCCAGGGACUACAGGAGAGGGAUGUUCCCCUCACAGAAUCAGAUGCCAUACUUCAUCCAAAGCAGUGGAUACAGGAGAGCGUCAGGCAACUACCUGGUGACCUACAACAUCAACAACGGGGUGCAGAUCAUAUCCAACGGGCUGGUCAAGCCUUACGACGCGCCGCCCAAGUACUCGGACAUCGUGGGCGGGCUGGAGGAGGAAUCUCCAGACUCCCCUGGAUCACCACCACCCCCCUACAGCGAAGUGGAACAGCCGUUGUUGAUGAGACUGGAUACAGGGGAACACCAGCAGGAAGAGGAGGCUGGAGGAAACCUUCAGGUCCUCCUGGUCUCUGGGAGGGGCGACAGAGACUUUACUGUGACCCCAGGUCAAAGUGGAGAGGUCGUGUGUCAAAGGACAGAGGAAGCAGUACCCAUGUUAGCUGAGGAAGGAGGGCACCAAGAGUCGAGUGCGACUGUCAGGACACCACGUGGCAGUGACAGCAACAUGACAGGAAGAGCAGAAGAGCCACCUAGUGAUCAGCAUGAGAGCUGCAGCAGUAGAACCCAGUCUGAGCCAGAGACUGUUACUGAAGUUCAGUGAAACAGUAUUCAGAAUAUUCUCAUAUCUUGUGUUGGUUCAAAGCAGAGUUUUAAUCUCCAGAAGAAAUAUUAGGGGCACAGGAACAAUCUGGCUAAUCACAGAUUCUGACAUGAACAUUUGUGCCAUUCUUUGUGCCUGGAAGCUUCCAUACUACUUAUAUGUGCUGUACAGGUCUUAGCAGGAAGUGCAUCUACUUUAAACAGAAACAUUAACUUAAGUCUGUUGUUUGUGUUGUCAGCUGUUUCAUGUAUUCACAAAUGUUCAGCAGAUGUGUGUAAAUCAGUGGUCUGAACCUCAAGAACAUUAGCACCAAAGUUACGGAGACAGUUGAAAGUGAGGUAAACUUUUUAUGAAAGAGGCAAGCGAUGGAACAAUUUGGUCUUUUGAAUGUAUGCUAAGUAUCAAACAGGACAGAAAUAUUUGUAAGUGGUACAGAUGAUACAGUGCAAGUAAUAAAACUGACCACAAACAGUAUUUGUUUGAAAAAUAAUCCGUACACAAAGAGGUGUACUGCAACAUCAGUAUUGAGAACACUUAAGAAAAACCUGUUGCAAAUGCGGAGUGCCGGAGGCUAUUCCGUCAAGAAAUGUGCUAAGGCAUGGGUGUUUUAAAUGUUACGAUCAUUUCUUGAACUUGAAGCAUUGAACAAUCAAAAUGGUAUAUAUACAUCCUGUAAAGUUACUGUGUUUUUGUACAGUUAUGAAGAUUCUAGCUUUCUAUUUUGUAUAUCACACCGUUGCAUAUGUAAGUUUGGCAUUGUACAUUAGCAUACUUGCAUACAUUCCACUUUAAUAUACCAUGUCAGUUAUUUUGGCAAGAAAAGGUUUUUAUAGAAAACUACUGGAAGGUUUGAAAGGACCUAUUUUAAAUUUAUCAACUUCAGAAACAGCCCUAAACCUUCACUGUGCUAAUAUGAUGUGUAACAAUUUUACAUAUGAAUUCUUGCCAUUCUGUCAUUUAUUAUGAAUUGACAGUCAUGAGCAAUGAUUGGAUAACAGUCAACAGUAUUGUAUAUCAAACUUCCAUUUAGUGGUCUGUACCAGAUAUUGUUGCUUGGUUUGUGAUACAUGGCAAAUGCGAUGUACAUGUAUCAUUCCUUUAGUACAUUUGUAUAGUGCAAUGCAACAUUGCCUAUCCAGGCCUUUGCUUAGUAAUAGUGGUACCAGUUUUGACUUGCAAUGUAAUAAUCCUGUGAUCUGGAGAUGCCAUAUACACAGACAUAUAUGUUUGAUGUUUAGCUAAUUAUGUAGGUAGCCAAGAGUUAUUGUUAUAUGAUGUACAUAACUUGCUAGCCAUAUAUUUUGAUAUUAUUUUUGUACCAUCAAGUGGUUAUAUCUUAUAUGCAUCAUUACCUGUAUUGGUUAAAUGGGGAGAGUGUAGUGCGUGCAUUUA